AUGGUGAACAUAGGCAUCCUUUUCGUGUUUCUGAUCUUCAGGAAAAGCUUUCAGUUUUUCACCAUUGAGUAUGUUAGCUGUGGCCUUGUCAGAUAUGCUGUUAUUAUGCUGGGGUGCAUUUCAUCCAUACCUAACUUGAGAGUUUUUAUCAUGAAUGUGAAAGCCACUCAGUCAUGUCCAACUCUUUGUGACCCUGUGAACUGUAGCCCACCAGGCUCCUCUGUCCAUGGGAUUCUCCAGGCAAGAAAACUCAGGUGGAUUGCCAUUUCCUUCUCCAGGGAAUCAUCCCGAAACAGGAACUGA